CAACCUGGCGGCUGGAGUCCAGUCCCAGCGCGGUGGAUUGCGAAGCUCUUCCCAGCCCAGUGGCUCGCUCGUCGCGUGGUAAUUGUAACUGUAAUGGGCACCGAGGGGAAAGUCGGGAGGAAACUAUUGUUUCUCUUCACGUCCGUGAUCCUUGGCUCUUUGGUACAAGGCAAGGGUUCAGUGUACACUUCUCAAACAGACGUCCAAGUUCCCGAGAAUAACCCCAUCAAGUUGUCCUGUACCUACUCUGGCUUCUCUAAUCCCCGAGUGGAAUGGAAGUUCGUCCAGGGUGGCACUACCACGCUUGUUUGCUAUAACAGCCAGAUCACGGCGCCCUAUGCAGACCGUGUUACCUUCUCAUCCAGUGGCAUCACAUUCAAGUCUGUGACCCGGAAAGACACUGGAGAAUAUACUUGUAUGGUUUCUGAGGACGGUGGCCAGAACUAUGGGGAGGUCAGCAUCCAGCUCACCGUGCUUGUGCCUCCAUCCAAGCCGACGGUCAAUAUCCCCUCCUCGCUCACCAUUGGGAACAGGGCAGUGCUGACCUGCUCCGAACAAGAUGGCUCCCCGCCCUCUGAGUAUUCCUGGUUCAGGGAUGGGAUAGAUAUGCUUACGGACUCCAAGAAAACCCGUGCCUUCAUCAAUUCUUCAUACACGGUUGAUCCAAAGUCGGGGGACCUGAUCUUUGAUCCUGUAACAGCCUUUGACAGUGGCGAAUACUACUGUCAAGCCCAGAAUGGGUUUGGGACAGCCACGAGGUCGGAGGCUGUGCGCAUGGAUGCUGUGGAGCUGAAUGUGGGGGGCAUCGUGGCAGCUGUCCUGGUAACACUGAUUCUCCUUGGACUUCUGGUUUUUGGCGUCUGGUUCGCCUAUAGCCGAGGAUACUUUGAAAGAACAAAGAAAGGGACUGCACCAGGUAAAAAGGUGAUUUACAGCCAGCCAAGUGCUCGAAGUGAGGGGGAGUUCAAACAGACCUCAUCAUUCCUGGUGUGACCUGCUGGGGCUCAUCUCUGCUCCUCUUGCCUUACUUGGGUGCUACAGGUUCCAGCCCCUGCUGGCUGUAGCUGCACAGGAUGCCUUCAAAGUCUUCUAGGUCCCACAGGACCCCUUUUAUUUUAGCUAGGAUGUGAUUUCAAUACCAGCUAUUUUUUCCUUCCUUUUUCCUGCCUACCACCACUGGGUGGCUUGAGACUAGUUACAAAGUUUCAUUCCCUGUGGGAUUGGACGAGAGUCCUAGACUAGACAGCAGAAAUGACUGCACUGAAUAAGGACUUUAAGCCUAAUUCCCCAGCUUUCUCCGCCCCUGGUGAGGAUGGGUGCCAGCUUCUCUAGAGUGGGGACUGGAGAAAGGAGGGGCUGAAUUGUUUGGUGACCUCAGCUCUUCAGUCUCUGGAGCCUUUUGUCCCCACAAAAUGUGCCACUGGGAUUCUCCUGGAUACAAGCAAAUUGACACCGCAUCCUCACGAGGUGGGAGAGUUUAGUAUCAACCAAGACACUUGGAGUAAGAAAGAUUUAAACUACUGAUCUAAAGAAAAGGUUGGGACUGGUGGCUGGCAAUCACUCUUCCCUUCACUGGAACAACUGCACAAGACCCUUGUAAGAUGUGUAUGGGUUGUGGAGAUGUGUGUAUUAUAGUCUUGGCUCUGUGGUGGACUGUGUGUGUGUGUGUGUGUGUGUGUGUGUGUGUGUGUGUGUGUGUGUGUGUGUGUGAGAGAGAGAGAGAGAGAGAGGAGAGAGAGAGAAUGAGAACUAAGGGCUUCCCAGCUCUUGUGGCAAGAUUGUAUUUCUGUGUGUUUAUAUUAGAUGUUGUUGGAAAUAAAAAUUUGGUUUGUGAAA